AGUCCAUUUCCCUCUAAAGCAACUUUCUUACGAGUUUCCAGUUUCAAAAGUCUUUACUUCACGCGAUUGGCGAUUUAUACGUGCCUUUCUCUCUUCAGCCUUUGUUCCUACUUCCCAUUUUGUGCUUCGUCUUAGAUUCUUGAUUUUUUGCAAGAUUUUUCUCCAUCUUUUCUCAGGACCAUUAAUUGAUUACUUUACAGAUUCAGUUAGGAUUCUACUUUAAGAAUGUUUGGCUUAAAGAAAUCUCCCAUAAGGGUUGGUAAGCAUAAUUCAGCUGAUCCUGGAUAUCAGGCUUCUUCUUGCUCCAACCCUUUCAAUUCUGACGAUGAGUGGGACAAUAGGCAGACUCUUAAACCAUCAAAAAGGACUUCUUCUGAACCCAACCUAACUAUUCCAAGUAUGGGCACCAAUCCUUUUGAUGAUGAUGAGAUAAAAGAGACCACUUCUGGAUCCUCAUAUUCACGUAAUGCGGCUGCUAGAAACAGAUACAAGAAUGAUUUCCAUGACUCAGGUGGAAUAGAGAACCAGUCAGUGCAAGAAUUGGAGGACUAUGCUGUUUACAAGGCUGAGGAGACCACAAAGUCGGUGAACGGCUGCCUGAAGAUUGCUGAAGAGAUUAGAGAGGAUGCUACAAAAACUUUGCUCACCUUGCAUCAUCAGGGUGAACAAAUUACCAGGACCCACCACACUGCUGCUGACAUUGAUCACGAUCUUAGUCGGGGUGAGAAGCUUUUGGGAAGCCUCGGGGGCAUGUUCUCUAGGACUUGGAAACCGAAGAAAACCCGCCCAAUUAUGGGCCCUGUCAUAACAAGAGAUGAUCCAGUCCAAAGAAAGGGUAACCACUUGGAUCAGAGAGAGAAGUUGGGACUAAAUCAUGCAUCCAGGGGACAGUUGCAGGCACGAGCUCCUUUGCCUGAGCCCACAGAUACUUAUCAGAAAGUCGAGGUGGAAAAGGUGAAGCAGGAUGAUGCACUUUCUGAAUUAAGCAAUAUAUUGGGAGAUUUGAAAGAUAUGGCUGUUGAUAUGGGGUCUGAAAUUGAUGGUCAGAACAAAAAACUGGGUCAUGUGCAAGAUGACGUGGAUGAGUUAAAUUUCCGUGUGAGACAGGCAAAUGCACGCGGUCGUCGUUUACUCGGAAAGUAGUCUUCAGAUUUGCUUAGUCUGCUGAUACGGUUGUUGCCCGCGUCGCUUGCCUAUAUGAAUCCAGAUACAGAUUUGUAUUUCAUGUGUCUGCAUUUUUAAUAAUUUUUUUUCUUAUUUACGACAA